GAGUUCCGGCGGUGGGACUGUCAUUGGCCGCUCGCGUCAGGCCAUACCGGUGGUCUGGGCUGGGGCCCGCGGGUCGGGGCCAGUUUCCAGGAGGUUCCCGGGGCCCGAGGCUGGCGGCGAGGAAGGACCAGAUGGCCUUCGAGGAUGUGGCUGUGUACUUCUCCCAGGAGGAGUGGGGGCUCCUGGACACAGCCCAGAGGGCCCUGUACCGCCGUGUGAUGCUGGACAACUUUGCACUUGUGGCCUCGCUGGGACUCUCCACCUCUCGACCUCGUGUGGUCAUCCAACUUGAGCGUGGCGAGGAGCCCUGGGUUCCCAGUGGAACGGACACGGUCCUGUCCAGGAACACCUACAGGAGGCGCAACCCUGGUUCCUGGAGUUUGGCAGAGGAUGGAGAUGUUUCUGGAGAAUGGCCACCAGCUUUCCCAGAUACCACACCUGGGAUGACUACUAGCGUCUUCCCAGUUGCCGGUGCCUGCCACAGUGUAAAAAGCCUGCAGCGACAACGGGGUGCCUCCCCAUGUCGGGAGAGAAAACCCACAGGGGUGUCGGUGAUCUACUGGGAGAGACUCCUGCUAGGCUCGGGCAGUGGGCAAGCCAGCGUCAGCCUGCGACUGACCUCCCCACUUAGGCCUCCCGAGGGCGGCCAGCCUAGGGAAAAGACGCUCACAGAGCACUCGGUGCCUGGGAGGCAGCCCAGGACCCCUGAGCGGCAGAAACCAUGUGCACAGGAGGUCCCUGGGAGAGCCUUCGGGAAUGCCCCGGAUCUGGAGGCCGCCAGCGGCCGGGGGCAUCAUGGAAUGGGUCCAACUUGGCAGGAUCCUCAGAGACUCCUCGGUGGCCAGGAGCCCUCGACCUGGGAUGAGCUGGGCGAGGCUCUCCCCGCUGGGGAGAAGUCCUUCGAAUGCAGGGCGUGCAGCAAAGUGUUCGUGAAGAGCUCCGACCUCCUCAAGCACCUACGCACCCACACCGGGGAGCGGCCCUACGAGUGCGCCCAGUGCGGCAAGGCCUUCAGCCAGACGUCGCACCUGACGCAGCACCAGCGCAUCCACAGCGGCGAGACGCCCUACGCCUGCCCCGUGUGCGGCAAGGCCUUCCGGCACAGCUCCUCACUGGUGCGGCACCAGCGCAUCCACACGGCGGAGAAGUCCUUCAGCUGCUCCGAGUGCGGCAAGGCCUUCAGCCACGGCUCCAACCUCAGUCAGCACCGCAAGAUCCACGCGGGCGGGCGUCCCUAUGCCUGCGCACAGUGUGGCCGCCGCUUCUGCCGCAACUCGCACCUGAUCCAGCACGAGCGUACGCACACGGGCGAGAAGCCCUUCGUGUGUGCGCUCUGCGGUGCCGCCUUCAGCCAGGGCUCCUCGCUCUUUAAGCACCAGCGCGUGCACACAGGCGAGAAGCCCUUCGCCUGCCCACAGUGCGGCCGCGCCUUUAGCCACAGCUCCAACCUCACCCAGCACCAGCUCCUGCACACGGGCGAGCGGCCCUUCCGCUGUGGGGACUGUGGCAAGGCCUUUGCCAAGGGCGCUGUGCUGCUGAGCCACCGGCGCAUUCACACGGGCGAGAAGCCCUUCGUGUGCACGCAGUGUGGCCGCGCCUUCCGUGAGCGCCCGGCCCUCUUCCACCACCAGAGGAUCCACACCGGCGAGAAGCCGUCCGGCGAUCCAGGGCCAGCUUGCACACCCAGGCCAGGUCUGUUUCCGCGACUUCAUCAGAAGGUGCGCCGGGGAAGGAAACCGAGCCCACUCCCGCCUCGGGCCCAGCCGCCGUCUCGGAGCCAGGGGAGGUCUGAGGUCACAGGUGCAGCCCUGGCCUUGUGUGAAUCCCGUCCACAGCUAAAGGGCGUAUGUCCUCUGCAGAUCCACAGCAGAGAAAAAGCCCCGUGCUUGUUAGGGCUUUGGCUGUGAUUUCAUUUGCACUUGGGGACAGGAUUUGCCAGUUCACCCACAGAUCACACCCAUCCCCAAAGAGGUAGCACUGCAGAAGCAUCCUGGGGAGGAUGUGGUGGCUGAACUCUAGUGGGCCGAGACUAUUCAGAGCCAGUAGGAGGCGGACAGUCACAGCACUGCACUGUGGUGCUGCUUCAUGUGUUGACAGUGGGUGCUAAGGUGAGGGGAUGCGGGCAUGGGUUGGGGGUGGCCUAGAGAAACUUAUGACAGCGGCACACAAACUGGCCGCUGGAUAGAUGCCCACUGAGGGUAUUCUCAACCCACCACUGCCUCUGUUCAUCCAAGGCUUCCUAGAGGCCAGCCUAGCAGACAAGAGACCACAAGGGACUGGGAAUCAGGGUGUGGGCUCUCAGUGUCAGCCACCUCCUCUGGGAAAAAGAAAAGGUUUGGGUCCACUGAACAUCAUGUUUGCAGACGCUGACAGGUGGGGUCCUAAUGAGAGCCAACAAGUGCUCACUGCCAGCUCCUGUCCUGAGUGCUGGGAAAUUUCUCCUGAAGCCCUGUGAGAUGGCUGCUGUCACUGGUAUCCUGACUUGGAAGAUGAGGAAACUGAGACACAGGGGAAGGUGAGUUUCCCAUGGCACACAGUGGAGUUGGCACCCAAGUCCGGGUGGACUGAUCCAGCAUCCAGAUGCCUCAUCUCCGGGGCUGCACUCUGGUUGGUCAGGUAUGAGGGCCUGGCCUGGCUUCACACACAUAGCCGACUCAGGAGAGGGAUGCCCAUGGGGGAACAUGUGACUCUCAGCUUUGGAAGGACAGAGCUAGGAUGAUGGCUUUCCAGUGGCACUUGUUCAGGUGUUCGCCCAAGUCUCAGCUUGGCCAAGGCCUGUCACUGACUCGUUUACCAAGGUCCCCCUUUACACCCGAGGGGGAUGAUGUUAACUUCAGACAAGAUGGAGCUGCUCAUUUUUGCUGGGUUUGGUGGCCACUUCCCCCCCAUCCCCUGUUAUCCCUCCUCAUUUGGAGGCUGGACAGAGAGCUGAAUAGGAAGGACUUGCUAUUACCUAAGGCAAUGUGUGACACCCUCCUGCGGACCUCCCCACCCCAGUGUAAUGGCCCUGCAUGGCAGGGACAGAAGGGUGGACUGGGGGGCCAUUUGCUUCCUGUGGCCUUCAGCAGACCAGGCUGUGUCCCUACCUGGAGCCUCACCUCCAAGCAAAUUCAUGUUCUCCUUAAUGAAAACAAACAAAAAAAAACGACUAGCUUCUGCAACUCGGAAUAGGUGUUGCAGUUUCCUGUACAGCAGUUGGGACCUCCAGAGCAUGGUUCAGUUUUUAAUAACAGUUCAAAGAGCUUCUCUGAUAAAGGUUUCUUUUUAAA